CCACGACGACUCUGACGCUAGCUUCAGAGAAUCUGGCCACGUGGUGACUCAGAGCGAUGACGGUGACGGUGAUGUGACUGUAGCGAGUACAACUCCGCAUUCCCCGCCACGGUUCGUGCUCUACCGCAUGAUCGGCAAUGACAUUCCGCCACUGCAGUGCGCGGGGCAACUUUACGAGAACACGCUGUACGCGUUACAGCACGAGCCGAGGUGGCUGGCAGGGUGUCGGCGCGUGUGGGUGGUGAACAACGUGGUGAACGAGACGGCGGAGCGGCGGGUGGUGCGCGCACUCAAGGCGCACGGGUACGGCGACGAGCAUCGUCCUGCUUGAUAAUCGCAAUCUCCCCGCUUCCUCUAC